AUGAGUUCUCGACCAAAACGGUUUAAAAUAUGCGAUGAAAGUGUUGUGCGGGAACUUUUAGAUGACGUAGAUGAGCAUUAUGUUCCUUCAAAUAUCUCCGAUAAUAUUCAAAGUGACAGUGAUAGUAAUAAUUUUGAUGACAUUUCUAAUGAAGUAACUAAUAUACAAAGGCCUGUUAUUGAACCUAUUUGGAAUGAUGUUACAGGUCAUCACCAAAAACAAUUUAUAUUUAUGUUAGAAACUAAUAGAAAUGCAGAUCAAAUAUUAUCUAAAUUUCGUUUAACUAAAUCUAGUAGAUUUUCGAAGUGGACACCUACCAAUGCUACAGAAAUAAAACAUUUUUUGGGUUUAUUAAUGUGGAUGGGGCUAGUACAGAUGCCAAGUAUUAGAGAUUAUUGGAGUUUAAAAAUAAUAUAUAAAAACAGUGUAGUUAAAAACAUAAUGCCCAGAAAUAGGUUUGAAUUGAUUAUUCGUUUUUGGCAUUUUUCGGAUAAUGAGCAAGCCCCCGAAAAUGACAGGAUAUUUAAAGUUCGAAAUCUAAUCUACAAAAUUGUAAAAAAAUUUCAAAAUGCAAUGGAACCAGAGGAAAUGAUGGCAGUCGAUGAAACAAUGGUCCCAUUCCGUGGUAUAUUAAAAUUUAAGCAAUACAUUCCCGGUAAGGCUCAUAAAUACGGGAUUAAAUUAUUUAAACUUUGUGGAGCAAAUGGAUACACGUAUAAUAUUCAAGUGUACGCAGGAAAAGGACAAAAUGAUGGCAGAGGAUUAGGAUGUAGUGUUGUUAUGGAUUUGACUUCUUUAUAUUUGAACGCUGGCAGAACUAUAAUAACCGACAAUUUUUAUACUUCACUCAACCUAGCUAACGCGCUUUUAGAAAAUAAAACUCAUUUAAUAGGUACAUUAAGAUGUAACAGAGUUAAGCUUCCAGAAGUUAUAAAAUCAAAAUUACAACCUGGACAAAUCAUAGGUAAAGAAAAUUUAAAUGGGAUUGUGGUUGCUAAAUGGCGCGAUAAAAGAGAUGUUACUAUGUUAUCGACUCGUCAUAACAUUACCAUGGUAGACACAGGGAAGAAAAAUAGAAACAACGAAACAAUUCUUAAGCCAAAAAUUAUAGUUGAUUAUAAUUCAGGUAAGGCUGGGAUUGACCUGUCAGAUCAACUAUCGAGUUAUAGUAGUCCAGUACGGAAGUCGAUUAGAUGGUACCACAAAGUGGCAACGGAGAUUUUAUUAGGAACUGCUGUAGUAAAUGCACUUAUAGUACAUAACUUAAAUACAUCACACAAUAAACUUAAAAUUACGCAGUUCCGUGAAGCACUGAUUAACGAAAUGCUUGAAUUAAAUCAACCAUUAGUUCAUCAAGAUUCAGUUUCUACUUCAACAUCAUCAACAUCAAGACGAGCAUCAUCAAAACAUAUUCUCAAUGAAACUUCGGAAAAGUGUAGCAGAAACCGAAAAAUAAGAAAAAGAUGUGCACAUUGUUAUAAAGAUAAAGCUGCAAUAGUUGGAUCAGUUCAGGCCUGUAAAGACGUUAAAAGAGUUACAACUUUAUGUACGAAAUGUGAU